UCACCUGGCAGCCUCUUGUCCAGCGCUGACCCUCGGGCCCAUUCCGAGCAGGGACUGCAGCAGACAUGGGUGACAUGACAAACAGCGACUUUUACUCCAAAAACCAAAGAAAUGAGUCGAGCCAUGGGGGCGAGUUCGGGUGCACGAUGGAGGAGCUCCGCUCCCUCAUGGAGCUGCGGGGCACGGAAGCUGUGGUCAAGAUCAAAGAGACUUAUGGGGACACCGAAGCCAUCUGCCGGCGCCUCAGAACCUCGCCUGUGGAAGGUUUGCCGGGCACGGCUCCAGACCUGGAAAAGAGAAAGCAGAUUUUUGGGCAAAACUUUAUACCUCCGAAGAAGCCAAAAACCUUCUUGCAGCUUGUGUGGGAGGCGCUGCAGGACGUGACGCUCAUCAUCCUGGAGAUCGCUGCCAUCAUCUCCCUGGGGCUGUCCUUCUACCACCCACCUGGCGAGAGCAAUGAAGGAUGUGCAACGGCCCAGGGCGGGGCAGAGGAUGAAGGAGAGGCGGAGGCCGGUUGGAUCGAGGGGGCUGCCAUUCUGCUCUCGGUCAUCUGCGUGGUCCUGGUCACCGCCUUCAAUGACUGGAGCAAAGAGAAACAGUUCCGGGGCCUGCAGAGCCGCAUUGAGCAGGAACAGAAGUUCACCGUGGUCCGGGCUGGCCAGGUGGUCCAGAUCCCUGUGGCUGAGAUUGUGGUUGGGGACAUUGCCCAGGUCAAAUAUGGCGACCUCCUCCCUGCCGACGGCCUCUUCAUCCAGGGCAAUGAUCUCAAGAUCGAUGAAAGCUCCCUGACCGGGGAAUCUGACCAGGUGCGCAAGUCCGUGGACAAGGACCCCAUGCUGCUGUCAGGGACCCAUGUGAUGGAGGGCUCAGGACGGAUGUUGGUGACCGCCGUGGGUGUGAACUCUCAGACUGGCAUCAUCUUUACCCUGCUUGGGGCCGGCGGUGAAGAGGAAGAAAAGAAAGACAAAAAAGGUGUGAAGAAGGGGGAUGGCCUUCAGCUACCAGCAGCAGACGGUGUGGCAGCGUCCAAGGCUGCAGAUAGUGCACAUGCCAGCCUGGCCAAUGGUAAGAUGCAGGAUGGCAAUGUGGACUCCAGCCAGAGCAAAGCCAAGCAGCAGGAUGGGGCGGCCGCCAUGGAGAUGCAGCCCCUCAAGAGUGCCGAGGGCGGGGACGCCGACGACAAGAAGAAGGCCAACAUGCACAAGAAGGAGAAGUCCGUGCUGCAGGGCAAGCUCACCAAGCUGGCUGUGCAGAUCGGCAAGGCAGGCUUGGUGAUGUCGGCCAUCACGGUGAUCAUCCUGGUGCUCUACUUCACCGUGGACACCUUCGUGGUCAACAAGAAGCCAUGGCUGCCCGAGUGCACACCUGUCUACGUGCAGUACUUCGUCAAAUUCUUCAUCAUCGGCGUGACGGUGCUGGUGGUCGCUGUGCCCGAGGGGCUCCCUCUGGCAGUCACCAUCUCGCUGGCCUACUCGGUGAAGAAAAUGAUGAAGGACAACAACCUGGUACGUCACCUGGAUGCCUGUGAGACCAUGGGCAACGCCACGGCCAUCUGCUCGGACAAGACGGGCACGCUGACCACCAAUCGCAUGACCGUGGUGCAGGCCUAUGUCGGUGACGUCCACUACAAGGAGAUCCCUGACCCCAGCUCCAUCAAUGACAAGACCAUGGAGCUGCUGGUCAACGCCAUCGCCAUCAACAGCGCCUACACCACCAAGAUUCUGCCCCCAGAGAAGGAGGGCGCCCUGCCCCGGCAGGUGGGCAACAAGACGGAGUGCGGCCUGCUGGGCUUCGUGCUGGACCUGAAGCAGGACUACGAGCCCGUGCGCAGCCAGGUGCCGGAGGAGAAGCUGUACAAAGUGUACACCUUCAACUCCGUGCGCAAGUCCAUGAGCACCGUCAUCAAGCUGCCCGACGAGAGCUUCCGCAUGUACAGCAAGGGUGCCUCUGAGAUCGUGCUCAAGAAGUGCUGCAAAAUCCUCAACGGGGCGGGUGAGCCCCGGGUCUUCCGGCCCCGAGACCGGGACGAGAUGGUGAAGAAGGUGAUCGAGCCCAUGGCCUGCGAUGGGCUCCGCACCAUCUGCGUGGCCUACCGCGACUUCCCCAGCAGCCCCGAGCCCGACUGGGACAACGAGAACGACAUCCUCAAUGACCUCACCUGCAUCUGCGUGGUGGGCAUCGAGGACCCUGUGCGGCCCGAGGUCCCAGAAGCCAUUCGCAAGUGCCAGCGGGCGGGCAUCACGGUCCGCAUGGUCACUGGUGACAAUAUCAACACGGCCCGGGCCAUCGCCAUCAAGUGUGGCAUCAUCCAUCCUGGAGAGGACUUCCUGUGCCUGGAGGGCAAGGAGUUCAACCGGAGGAUCCGCAACGAGAAGGGGGAGAUUGAGCAGGAGCGAAUCGACAAGAUCUGGCCAAAGCUGCGGGUGCUGGCUCGCUCCUCCCCCACGGACAAGCAUACCCUGGUCAAAGGCAUCAUCGACAGCACACACACCGAGCAGCGGCAGGUGGUGGCCGUGACGGGGGAUGGGACCAACGACGGGCCCGCACUCAAGAAGGCUGACGUGGGCUUCGCCAUGGGCAUCGCAGGCACUGACGUGGCCAAGGAGGCCUCAGACAUCAUCCUGACGGAUGACAACUUCAGCAGCAUUGUCAAAGCGGUGAUGUGGGGCCGCAACGUCUACGAUAGCAUCUCUAAGUUCUUGCAGUUCCAGCUGACAGUCAACGUGGUAGCCGUGAUUGUGGCCUUCACAGGAGCCUGCAUCACGCAGGACUCCCCUCUGAAGGCUGUGCAGAUGCUCUGGGUGAAUCUGAUCAUGGACACGUUCGCCUCCCUGGCGCUGGCCACUGAGCCGCCCACUGAGACCCUGCUUCUGAGGAAGCCCUACGGCCGCAACAAGCCCCUCAUCUCGAGGACCAUGAUGAAGAACAUCCUGGGCCACGCCGUCUACCAGCUCACCCUCAUCUUCACCCUGCUCUUUGUUGGUGAGAAGAUGUUCCAGAUCGACAGCGGGAGGAACGCGCCCCUGCACUCGCCGCCCUCGGAGCACUACACCAUCAUCUUCAACACCUUCGUCAUGAUGCAGCUCUUCAACGAGAUCAACGCCCGCAAGAUCCACGGCGAGCGCAACGUCUUUGACGGCAUCUUCCGGAACCCCAUUUUCUGCACCAUCGUGCUGGGCACCUUUGCCAUCCAGAUAGUGAUUGUGCAGUUCGGAGGGAAGCCGUUCAGCUGCUCUCCGCUGCAGCUGGAUCAGUGGAUGUGGUGCAUAUUCAUUGGGUUGGGAGAGCUCGUUUGGGGCCAGGUCAUUGCCACCAUCCCGACCAGCAGGCUCAAAUUCCUCAAGGAGGCUGGCAGGCUCACGCAGAAGGAGGAGAUUCCGGAGGAGGAGCUCAACGAGGACGUGGAGGAGAUAGACCACGCUGAGAGGGAGCUGCGGCGGGGCCAGAUUCUGUGGUUCCGAGGCCUGAAUCGGAUCCAAACUCAGAUCCGCGUCGUGAAGGCGUUCCGUAGCUCUCUCUAUGAAGGUUUAGAAAAGCCUGAGUCUCGAACCUCCAUCCAUAAUUUCAUGGCUCAUCCUGAAUUCCGGAUCGAAGAUUCACAGCCCCACAUCCCCCUCAUUGACGACACCGACCUGGAAGAAGAUGCCGCGCUCAAGCAGAACUCAAGCCCGCCGUCAUCGCUCAACAAGAACAACAGCGCCAUCGACAGCGGGAUCAACCUGACGACCGACACAAGCAAAUCAGCUACCUCUUCAAGUCCAGGGAGCCCCAUCCACAGCCUGGAGACAUCGCUUUAGCUGAGGACCCUGUCGCCCACCCACCUGCCCGCCCUCGUGGACUCCGCCACCACCUGCCUCCUGGGCACCCACCCAUCCAGGCACCCAACUCACCCAAGCAGCAACGAGCAACAACAGGAAACCAAAUACUGGAGAGAAAACCAAUGUUUCCACCAACAGACCCUUUCUCUGGCUGCGAUGCUGUUUGAACUCUUUUGCACUCUGAGGCAAGGGGCAGGAUCUCCACCGGGGGCUUAAGGGACUGAGCACUUUUCCCAACACAAGCCCUUCCUGGCUCCCACCCAAACAUGGACCAGCCAUGCACCCGCCCGGCCACCAUGUCCCCCGCAUGAAUGUACUGUACACUUUCAAUCCUCCCCUUGUUUGGUUUUUGGGGGCUUGGGGAGGGGUUUUUUGUUUGUUUUCUUAGGCAGGAACUGCAAACAGACUCUUUUCUGAGACUAUUUAUCCAACCCACUGGUCUGUGAGUUUUUGAAAUGCUUGCACAGCAUGGUCUCGGUUGUAUAGAUUCAUUUAAUAAUUUUUUGAAAUUGCAGAGCUUAACUCGCCAGUAGAUUUGCACCAAUGGAACCGAAGAACUUCAUAGACACUCACAAGGUUAUAUCCAUUUCUUUGUAUCUAUAUCAACGUAUACUUCUCCAUGACUGUAUACGUCCAUAUAGAUAGGUAGAUAUAUAUAUAUAUAAAUAUAUAUACUUGGAUAUA